AUGGCGGAGAGUGGUGGUCGGAGAAUUGGAGUGGCGGUGGAUUUCUCGGAUUGCAGCAAGAAAGCUCUGAGCUGGGCGUUCGACAACGUUGUUCGCGACGGAGAUCAUCUAAUCCUCAUCACUGUCUGUCAUGAAAUGCAUUACGAGGAAGGCGAGAUGCAGCUCUGGGAAACCGUUGGAUCACCCUUGAUUCCUCUGAGUGAAGUCUCUGAUGCUGCUGUGAUGAAGAAGUAUGGAGUGAAGCCAGAUGCUGAAACCCUUGACAUUGCCAACACUGCCGCUAGGAAGAAAGCAGUUACAGUAGUGAUGAAGAUAUAUUGGGGAGAUCCUCGUGAGAAGAUAUGUGAAGCAGUUGAACAUAUUCCUCUCUCAAGCCUUGUUAUCGGUAACCGCGGUCUUGGUGGCCUUAAGAGGAUGAUAAUGGGAAGUGUAAGCAACCAUGUUGUGAACAACGUGGCAUGCCCUGUCACCGUCGUGAAGGCUCACACCUGA